AUGACGAUCGCGAAAAGAUGGUACCGUUCACGGAGGAAUCAAAUAAUUGUCGUUAUAAUUCUAGUAUUCUGUAUUCUAUACUACAUAUCACUUCAUGAUAGCCUGCACACCGAACCAGACCUUGAUGUAACCAGGAGAAAAUCUGUAAUCGAAUAUAUAGAAAGGCGUUUAGAACAGGCGUUGAAACAGGAUAAGGGGUCAGGAUGUGAGAUACCCAAGUUGGAUCCCUUCGCUAAGGAGGUUACUCAAUUCGAUAAGGAAAUGCCUAAAGUUGUCUGCCAAGGACGGGACUGGGUCAAAUGCUAUCAUUCACAAUGCAAAGUCGUACCAAAUGUAUUGGAAACGAUGAAGGACGUCGUAUGUUCGUACAGUGACAUAGUGUAUGAAAGUGAUCAGAAGUAUACGGUCGAGAAGGCGUUUGAAGUGCGCGGAAGCGAUGUGUAUGAGCUGACGAGGAGUGAUCACGUGAAAGUCAAGUGUACUGGAAAAAGUAAAGACAGCAUUCUAGCAUCGAAAUGGAUAGGUCAUGAAAUAGGAUUCCGGUCCAGUGCUCGUCCUAAAACCCCGCCCCCUGGUAGAGAAGAUAGCCUAAAUGUGCUUAUACUAGGAUUUGAUUCGACAUCGAAAAAUGGCUUCAUACGAAGAAUGCCGAAGAGUUACAAGGUAUUGACUGAAAAACUUGGAGCAACUGUCUUGAAUGGAUAUAACAUAGUAGGAGACGGUACGCCGGCCGCAUUGUUUCCUAUACUAACUGGAAAAACUGAGUUAGAACUUCCAGAUGUAAGGAAGAAGAUGAAUAAGGCAACUUUAGACUCGAUGCCGUUUAUCUUCUAUAAACUUAAAGAAGAUGGUUACCGCACAGCGUAUUUCGAAGAUAUGCCAUGGAUAGGUACGUUCCAGUACCGAUUCAAUGGUUUCAAGCAACAACCCGCAGAUCACUACCUCAGAGCUUUUUAUCUCGAGGAGUCGCAGAGUGGGAAGAAAUGGUCCAGCAAGAAGACCAGAUACUGUGUUGGAGACACGCCUCAGUAUAAACUUAUGCUUAAUAUCACUGAUCAGUUCCUUCGUCUAGACGGUAAACGCUUCUGCUUCACGUUCAUAGCGGACAUAACCCACGAUGACUUCAACAUGAUAGCCACAGCUGACGAUGACACCGCUGAGUUCUUAGCUAACUUCCUAAGAGAGGGGAUGGGGGAAGACACCUUGUUGCUUGUUAUGGGGGACCAUGGACCUAGAUACGCAAAAGUACGUGACACGUUACAAGGUAAACUCGAAGAAAGGCUACCCUUAAUGGCCGUAAGGUUACCUGACAUACUGACGAGGGAGAAGCCACGGGUUCAGGCGUAUUUAGAGAACAACGCAGACGUACUGACAACACCCCAUGACAUUUACGCUACGGUAUUAGAUGUCAUGGAUAUGAGGCAACAUUGGAAUCCUUACAAAGUUUCUGGCGCGGAUAUGACGAGGGGAUUGACUUUAUUGGAACCGAUACCCUCGAACCGUUCAUGUAGCGAGGCGGGAGUCGAACCCCACUGGUGUUCGUGUCUGUCGUGGCAGGCGGUAGAGCCCAACACGCCACAAUAUAGUGGUGCGGCGAAUGCACUGGUCGACCACAUCAACUCUAUUACUGAGUCUAUGAGGUCUAAAUGCGUCCCCCGAACCCUAACCUCAGUGACGUGGGUGAUGAAGCAGCUCGCAAACAACGGCGUGCUGACGUUCGUAGCCGCUAAGGAUACAGAUGGCUAUGUGGGCAAGUUCGGUGCCCGGGUGAAGCAGGAGAGGGAAAAUUAUCAGGUUAAGAUAGAAGUAGGCCCCGGUCACGGUAUAUACGAAGCGUCAAUGGUGUACGUGAUUAGUGAAAAUAAAUUUGAAAUCAACACAAGGGAUAUAUCGAGGACAAACGCGUACAACACAGAACCGAGCUGUAUAAGCGCCACUCACCCUCAUCUCAAUAUGUACUGUUAUUGUCGCGACUACCAACCGGAAUAGUGUUCUAGAGAUAUGAUACAAUCGACACACACAUGGAUAGACAGCCGAAAAAUUGAAAUUUAAGUGAAGUCACGGUGUUACUUCAUUGAAAAAUUAAUAAAUUUUAUUUUUAUGUUGUACGAAUGUAAAUAAUGCAAAAAAAAAAAAUACAUUUUGUCUGUGGUCCCUAGGUCGAUUUACAGGCUUUAUUAAGUUUUCCGUUUAUUGUUAUUGUCCGUUAUACUGAUUUAGAUUAAUACGCUUACUUUCUGAUUAAGCGAAGUAAGGAACUGACCGAUAAACGUUUUUGAGCCUAGUUGCAUAAACUGGCGGAUAUCUGAUAAGCGGUUGAUUUAUGAUACAGAUCAUUCAUAAAAUGCAUUCACUAAUAUUGGGGGAUAUUUUGCUUGAUAUGACGGGAAGUGUCGUUUAAAGUUAUAUCUUCUGAUACAUUUUUUCGUAAAUGGGUUAGUUGAAAUGUUAUGACGUAAUAUUGAAAGAGGGUCGUGACGUAGCGUGAUGGAGGGGGGUCCAAAAAGUAUUAUUUAGCGUGACAUUAUAUUAACUGCCUGUUCUAUUAAGUUUUUAUAGGCUAUAAAAUGACACGCUAUGACUGAGUUUAAAAGUAACGGCAAUUUGUCGAGUAUCGAAAUUAACGAGAAUGAGCGAAUCACUUGAAAUGUAUGUUUUUUAAUUAUUAAUUUAUUUUAAGGAUUAAUUUUAUUUUUAGUUGGAGUUAACUCUUUUAAAAACUAUAUAAAGUCAGUACUAAGAAAUUAUAUGUAGUGUGAAAUCGUGUGAAACAGUAACGCUGACCUGCCCUGAGAGUGACGUUAAACCACCGUAUCGCAACAUCUUGGGAGAACGAGUUGAAUGUUUAAACAUCACUGAUAGUAUUUAAGGAGUUGACUACAGUUGUUAUCAGAGCUGACAUACUUUUUUUCAUUAAGUUUAUUAAUCUCUUUUUAUGUGAUUUUCGUUAUACUUAUGAAUAAGUUGUACGUUUUAUUAUUUGUUAGGUUUUACUUUUAAGGUUCAUAGAUGGCGUCACAAUUACACCAUAAAUAACAAAUGAAAUAUAUUGAAACUAUUAAAUGAAUAAUUUAAUCAUAC